AAACAACAAUAGAAAUAGAAAGAGGUCUGGAGAAGGUACUUUCACUAAUGGGGUACACACGUGAGCGUACGAAUCGACAUUUCUUUGUCUCGCGUGCGAACGCGUUCUUCUCACGUCUCCCCAUCGCUCGCAUUCAGCGGUCCAUGGCUAUGGAUGCUAUCAAGAGGGGCUAUAUGAAACCGUGGAAGUACACUAAGGAGCAAAUUCUUGGUUCACCUGUUACGUGUACUUUUGAUUAUAACCCAAGACCGGUGCGGCUUAUCGGCACGGUGAUGGAUGCCCAUACGGAGGAGACAAGCAUCAAGGGUGGGCUGAAGGUUUACGCACGAAAUGAGGAAACCAACAUGAUGCUCUGGAUUCCAGCAGGAAAUCCUAAGCUGAAAUACGAAGUGACAUCCGCGAAGGGCAGUUUUCAGCAUUAUUUGAACGAGCGGGAUAAGUGGGAUGAGGCUUGGAUGACGGGACGUGCGCGUAUUAAGUAGAAAGUAUCAGAGAGACCUCGAUGAGACGGAAAUAAUGUCGAAGCAUGAGAUUGUUAUCGCAGCCGCGGUUUAGUAUAUGA